AUGGGUUGUUUUGGACUCGAGGGUAAAACCUAUAAAGGCUGUGGAAAUCCGUGGAAUUUUACGGCCCUAAGACUUGAGGCCGAUCAGUAUGAAGAUCAAAAUUUGGUCAUCUUUGGUGACUUCAAUUUUCGGCUCAAUUUGCCACUAUACGUCCAGCGUCUGCAGACCACACAUACGUUGCCCAGGUCGCCCGCCACGCUGACGGCGGAGGCCGGUACGACGUGGAACGAGAAAGUGGACACAGGAAAGUCUACUCCAUCGGACAUUGUGAUCGAGAGAAAGGUGUUCCAGGUGUUGUCGGCCGAUCGAUUAACCUGGUCCAAUUUCCAACCGCUCGCUCAUCCAUCCAUGCAUGGAGUUUUUUCUUUGCAUUCAACAUGUCUGCAAAUGAUCAUUUCCGAUUACGUCGGCGAAACUCAUGAGAAAAAGAAACAUCCAGAUCUCAAAGAUGGAUAUCAGUUGCGUCAAUGUAAGACAUAA